CCCCCCAUAGAUAACACAGUGUCAAACUUUAGCCUCGGACCGCUAACAAGUUAACGGUUCAGGUUGAAUCUCCCCCCGCGGGUCUGUGGUGGUCGUGACCCGGGUGGAGACCUGUCACCCCCCGGUUCUCCUCAUCACAAGUGUCGGGGAAGGGAACCGGAGCAGGAUGCUAGCAGCCGGUUAAGCUAACAGCCGGUUAAGCUAGCUGAAGCUAACAUGUUAGCAUGAUGCUCCAUUCCUCCUCUUUAUGCUGGUGCUGGAUCUGAACCACCACCUCUCCACCAUGGACACCGAGGCGAUAGUGAUCCGGAUCAAGACCCCGGGCGGGGACAUGGACUCCUCCGUGGACUGUCCGUCCCUGCUGAACUUCAACGACCUGCUGGUCGCCAUCAGAGACGUCAUGCCUGAAGCUACUGUCACAGCCUUUGAAUAUGAAGACGAGGUGGGAGACAGAAUCACUGUGAGAAGUGAUGAAGAACUCAAGGCUAUGUUGUCAUAUUACUUCAACACAAUGAACGAACAACGCAUGAACGGACUGCUGCCGGACCCUCUCCAGAUUUUUCCAAGAGCCGGCAAGACUCCAGGGAUCCGGAACAUACAUGGCCUGAAGGUUAACACAAGACCCAACCCAGCCAAUGACUGCUCCCAUGCAGUCCCAGACUCCAUGACUAACAACAGCUUAAAAAAAUCCUCUGCUGAGCUGAAGAGGAUUUUGACAAAUGGGCAGAUAAGUGCCCAGGAUAUCAACUAUCAAGAGCAGCUCGGCCACGGGAACGGAGGCACAGUUUACAAAGCGUACCAUGUCCACGGCAAACGGGUGUUAGCUGUCAAGGUCAUCCCACUGGAUAUUACGGUGGAAUUGCAGAAGCAGAUCAUGUCGGAAUUAGAAAUUCUCUACAAGUGUGAUUCACCUUACAUCAUCACUUUCUUCAGUGCCUUUUUUGUUGAGAACAGGAUAUCCAUAUGCACCGAGUUUAUGGACGGUGGUUCUCUGGAUGUGUUCAAAAGAAUUCCAGAGCACGUGCUGGGGAGGAUCGCAGUGGCAGUAGUCAAAGGCCUGACGUAUCUGUGGAGCCUGAAGAUACUUCACAGGGAUGUCAAGCCGUCCAAUAUGCUGGUGAACACCCGAGGACAAGUCAAGCUCUGUGACUUUGGUGUCAGCACACAGUUGGUGAAUUCUAUCGCCAAGACGUAUGUGGGAACUAACGCAUACAUGGCACCGGAGAGGAUAUCAGGAGAACAGUAUGGGAUUCACGCAGAUGUGUGGAGUUUGGGAAUCUCGUUCAUGGAGUUGGCACUAGGCAUGUUCCCCUAUCCACAGAUUCAGAAAAACCAAGGAUCUUUAAUGCCUCUCCAGUUACUGCAAUGCAUCGUUGAUGAGGAUCCUCCGAUUCUUCCCGUUGAACAGUUCAGUGAAAAGUUUGUCCACUUCAUCACUCAGUGUAUGCGGCGGCAACCCAAGGAGAGGCCUGCCCCCAACAACCUCAUGGAGCAUUCCUUCAUCGUGCAGUAUAACGACGGUAACGCAGAGGUGGUGUCCAUGUGGGUCUGUCGCUGCUUGGAGGACAGACGGCUCCAGCAGACUCAGGGACGUGUCUGACGUCCUCCUGCUGUCUGUCAGCCCCAAGAUGGACCUGGACGUCUGAUCCCUGACCUUUGGACACUUAUCAAAGUCUUCAGGAUCCAGGACGUCCUCAUGCUCUGUGCAGGCGACUUCAUGUACAAGGACGAAAUUCACCAGAAGUUAAAUACUUAAUGUGAGUAAGUCUUGAUUUAGCAGCACUCACUCGCCCUGACACUGAAGAGCCCUCAUCCUCUGACCGGAAAAUUAAUCUCUGCGUCCAAUGAGCUCAGAGAGAACUUCUCUGACGUGGGUUUCCAGCCGCCGCCUCAUCCCCAUGUUUUUUGAGAAUAUACAGACAUUCAUUGAACAUCUCGAUCUGAUGGAUGGAGAUAAACGCUCCUCGUUUGAAGGGGCUGUGACAACUUGCUAAGUUUGAUCUGCGUUGUAAGGAUCUUAUUUUGAAGGCAUCUGUAAUAACCAUCUUGUGCUUUGCUGUUGACAGCCUUCUAGUGAAUGUUGUGGUUUUUGCCUGUGAGUAAACGCCCUUGUGUGUGCCUGGUUUUCCACUGGUGUAAUUCAUUACCUCAGAAAACUUUUGUUAUCCCUGUACUGCC